CAGAGUUCAGGCGGCUGGAUGAGGAAGUAGUGGCGGUGAGCACAUGGGUGUGGUUGGUUAGCAGUUUGUUCAUCAGCCUUUCAGCGGUGACAGACGGAGGAGAGGAUUGUGGAUGAUGAGGCUGCGGAUAAAUCUCUGGACUCGGGCACCUCACAGGAUGGAUACUAAGAUUUGUUUGGCGUCAUUCUUCUUCCUGUUUGCUCUGGUAAAAGUGUCAGGAGCUCAGGAUCCAACAACCUCAAUUCAAAAGAGUACUGUGAGCACCAGUGAGGCUGCGCCGACUGUCAAUGACCUCAGAGCGGAAACCAGAGUCAUCAGAGACGCCGGGGAAACCUCCCCUGCUAAUGAGCAAACCACAAAACAGAACAUUAACAAGCCUACAUCAGAAAUCAAGACUUCAGCAGCUCCCACUGCGGGGACGGCAAAACCGAAUAUCACAUCCAGUCCAGCAUCCACAGUGACAUCCUCCCCACCUGCAACUAAGAAACCCACCACAGCCGGGACCGCUCAACCUGCUGCCUGGGAUCAGAAAUGGGACCAACCUUUCACCUAUGAUUAUGAGUCCCUUCGAUACGCUGGACUCGUCAUCGCUGGAGUGCUCUUCGUCCUGGGUAUAAUGGUCAUUAGCUGUGGCAAAGUCUGCAAGCUGCCCAGGUGUCAAAAGAAGCCACCAAAAUCAUAUAGAGAGGUCCAAGGAUAAGGCGACAAAAGCACAAAUGCUAAGGAGUCCAUCAAGAGAAGAAGAAAAAAACCUCAACACCUGGCAGCGUGCGUGUUGACUGACAGACCGUACGCUGCUUAGCAACCGUGUCAUAGAAAAACAAUAAAGAAAGACAGAAAACAUGAUUCAUUCUGACAAGUAAAGAGAGAGAAGAAAAUGGAGAAACAUCACCUGUUUAAAUUUUAUUUCUAUAGUUGCCGAACCUAAAAGUGAUUAUUUAUCUUGGCAAAAAUAAUGAAGAGAUGAUUCAUAUUUUUAAUCACACCUUCAGCCAUGAAGCAGGCUUGCUCCUAAUGACCUUUGUAUCUUGUAACUGAUAACACAGCCAUAGGCAAAGUCUCACAGCUAGGAUUAUUAUUAAAGGUUAUGAGGAAUAAACCCCACGGCGUCUCAUAUUUGACGGUCUCCUGCAGCCCCUUCUGUGAGGGUAUAUACAUGUGAAAAAUAAAGAAGCUCUGUCGUCUU